UGACACGCGCGUGACCAAAUUCCUCAUUUGAAUUCGGACCUAAGCGCCGUUUUAUGAAAUCCACUUUAAUCCAACCCAACACAUCCACAUUCAAAAUCGCGUCCACUCCCCUCGCUCCUCUGUUCAAAUCGCAGAACACUUCGUUCUUUGUUCUCACUCUCUUCUCUCUCUCACACUGUCGCUCUCUCGCAGGAGGGUUUCCAGUCCCGAGGCUGAUUUGAAUUGGCUUGAGAUGGAGAAUUCCGAAUCGGCGCAGAGCGUGCGGGUUGCCGUCAACAUUCGGCCUCUGAUCACGUCGGAGCUUAUGCUCGGGUGCACAGAUUGCAUCUCCGUCGUCCCUGGUGAACCUCAGGUGCAAAUUGGGUCACACGCUUUCACUUAUGACUAUGUUUAUGGUAGUACGGGAUCUCGGUCGUCUGCAAUAUACGAUGAUUGCGUAGCUCCACUUGUAGAUGCGCUUUUCAAUGGCUACAAUGCAACCGUUCUUGCGUAUGGCCAGACUGGAUCUGGGAAGACAUACACCAUGGGCACCAACUAUACUGGAGAGGAAAAUGCGGGUGGAAUUAUACCCAAGGUGAUGGAGACAAUAUUCAAGAGGGUUCAGACUAUGAAGGAAUCUUCAGAGUUUUUGAUUAGGGUAUCUUUUAUCGAGAUAUUCAAGGAAGAGGUAUUUGAUUUGCUUGAUCCCAGUUCAGCUAGAGGAGAUGCGGCUGCUACUGGGAAGGCCGCUGCUCCCAGCAGAGUUCCCAUACAAAUUAGAGAAACAGUGAAUGGAGGAAUAACACUGGCUGGUGUGACCGAGGCCGAAGUUAAGACUAAAGAAGAAAUGUCAUCUUAUCUUUCUCGAGGUUCACUGUCACGUGCGACUGGGAGUACGAACAUGAACAGUCAAUCAAGUCGGUCACAUGCAAUAUUCACAAUAACAAUGGAGCAAAAGAGUGGUGAUGAUGUCUUGUGUGCAAAACUACACUUGGUGGACCUUGCUGGUUCUGAACGUGCAAAAAGAACUGGCGCAGAUGGCAUGCGUUUAAAAGAAGGUAUUCCUUUUGCUUGUGAUGGGGCAUAUUGUGCAGAUGAGGAAGAUCAUGCAAAGGAGAUAGAACACUCUUCUCUUCAAGAAAAGUUGGGUAGGGAGCUCAAAGAAUUGGAUAAGAAACUUGAACAAAAAGAGGCUGAUUUGAAGAAGUAUAGUCAUGAGCAAGAGUUUGAAAAAAAAAUUCUUGAGUUAGAACAAGAGAAGAAAUUUUUGCAGAAAGAAAUUGAGGAACUUAGGUACAAUCUUGCAAAUAUUUCAUCCACCUCUGAUGAUGGUGCUCAAAAGUUAAAGGCGGAAUAUCUUCAGAAGUUAAAUGCUCUUGAGGCACAGGUCUCUGAGUUGAAGAAGAAACAAGAAGCUCAGGCUCAUCUGUUGAAACAAAAACAGAAAAGUGAUGAGGCUGCAAAACGACUUCAGGAUGAAAUCCACAGAAUUAAAUCUCAAAAGGUUCAAUUGCAACAUAAGAUUAAGCAGGAAUCAGAACAAUUUAGGCUAUGGAAAGCUUCGCGUGAGAAGGAAGUUCUCCAGCUUAAAAAAGAAGGAAGGAGGAAUGAAUAUGAGAUGCAUAAGCUGUUAGCGUUGAAUCAGAGGCAAAAGAUGGUAUUGCAAAGGAAGACAGAAGAAGCUUCCUUAGCCACAAAAAGGCUAAAAGAACUUUUGGAAUCUCGAAAGACUUCACGCGAAACUACAGGUGGGAAUGGUCCAGGAAUUCAGGCUUUGAUGCAGGCAAUUGAGCAUGAGCUUGAAGUCACAGUCCGAGUGCACGAAGUACGCUCAGCACAUGAGCGUCAAACAGAAGAGAAAACUAAAAUGGCCAAGGAGAUUGCAAGAUUAAAGGAAGAAGCAGAUAUGAUGAAGUUAAACAAUUCAAGUGAUGGCCUCGUAUCAAUGUCUCCGGGAGCAAGAAAUUCAAGGAUAUAUGCCCUCGAAAAGAUGAUUGAUUCUUCUUCUACAACACUGCUGACAAUGGCAUCUCAGUUGUCAGAGGCAGAAGAGCGGGAACGGGUUUUCAGUGGCAAGGGGCGUUGGAACCAAGUCCGUUCCCUUGCUGAAGCCAAGAAUUUGAUGAAUCAUUUGUUUAAUCUGGCAUCUUCCUCCAGGUGUUCAUUGCGAGAUAGAGAAGUUGCCUGCAGGGAGAAGGACAUGGAAAUAAGAGAUAUGAAAGAAAAAGUAGUAAGGUUGAGCUGUUCACUUCGACAGUUGGAAAUGCAGAAGUCUGAACUCAUUCAUCAGUUGAAGUUGCUGAGGGCAAAGAGGUACUCAGAAUCUGUGGGGGAUUCGGUGUAUUACACAACUGGUGUAGGACAUAAGUAUGACUUGCGCAAGAUGGAAAACCGGCGAUCUACAAUUUUAUUGGAGGAUAUGGAUUUAUCAAUAUCAGACACAGAAGCAGAUGAUUAUGCUAAAAAUGGGACUGAUGAUGAAUGGGUAGCAUCAGAAGACGAUGAAUGCGGAGCAUCAGAAAAAAUACAUGUUAGGAAAAGAAAGUCUAAGAGCAGACGUGCAAGCAUGGAAGACAAUCAGUCAAAUAUCAGUUCAGAAGAUGUAAAAGAUAAUUCAACAGAAGCAAAUGGAGGUGCAUCUGGGGAAACUGCAUCAGGAAUCUGCUGCUCUUGUAGUAAAUCUUCUUCUUGCAAGACAAACAAAUGCAAGUGCAAAGCUCUGGGCGGCACUUGUGGGAGUUCUUGUGGUUGCUUAGCAUCCAAGUGUGCCAACAGAAUAUCAGUCUCGAAUGAGUCACAAGUUGAAGGGACUGGUAAUGCUUCCAGUAUUGAGGAAUCAAAUAAAGAUCGCCUUCUUGCUGCUCAAGGGGCUGAAUUGCUUCAAGGUGCACUGGUUGAGGGGCCUGCUGAAGCCCACAGUGAUCAUGGGCCAAGAAAACCUCUUUCUGAUAUUGGAAAUACACUGGCCAAAUCAAAUGCUCAGAAGGCUAAUCCAAGAAAGAAAUGGGGGAAGGUGAAGCCCCCAGUACUUGUUGUUACAGAUCCUCCACCUUCCUCUGAAGAUAAUUCUGAAGUCCCCAAGAAAGAAGAUAAUAGCAUCAAUGAAGCGAACAUACCACUGAAAAUGCACUCAUCUAGACCUGAAAACUCUUUGGUUGCCCCUAAGGUAGAGAAAAAUAUAAUUGACACAGAUAUACCUUUGAAAAUACCUCGAGCUAUGCGAAAGCAAGCAUCAUCAAAUGGUGGUGGCCUUCCACUGGGGGACAUGAACGCUGGUAAGCCAGAUGAAUCUGUCACAAAGAAGGAGUCUGAAGUGAUUGAAGCUAGAAGUCCCGUGAAACAAAAAAGAACAUUUGAGAAAGAGAACAAUGGACGUUAAUCUUGCGUCCAUUUCUUACCCUUUCAAGGGCGAAGACCAGGACUUAAGACGCAUGGCAUUACCAUAUUCUUAUGGUGUAUCUGUUGAAGAUAAAGAAGGCGCGUGGUUUGUAUCGGGUGUCUAAACGUGUAUCGAUCAUUAUUUUCGUUUGUCUUCGGUAGACAAAUAUAUUAUUUGGCUUCCUUUUUUUUUUUUUUUUUUUGCUUGUAAGACAAAUUUAUCCAAACUCCAAAUGAUUCUGUGCUGGUGAUCAUCAAAUUAUCAUGGCAUAACCUUGGAGUUAAAUCACUUUGUACCAAUGAUCAGAAUGAAUUGAGUUGUUCAGUGGGAAAAAUUGGAGCUUAAGUUC